GAAAGUAUCCCACCCCUCCAUCAAGACGCACAAGACUCUGAACCGAAGGAUAUCUUGGCCUCCCUACAGAAGCUGAUUAUUCGGGUCUAUGUAAUGAUUUAUCCCACACCAUGAUCCCAUACAGAUACGAAACUUAGACAGAUUUAGUCAAUAAGUCGACAGAUUUGUUCAGGGACAUCUGCGUUGGCGUCAAACAUGCGCAAAGAUCCACGCUAUCAAAGCAGAGAAUCGCCGUAAACGGAAUGAUCGCUUCUCACGUGAAGUCACCCUGAUUGUUUGUUUUUAAAGCAAGCGACAAGCUUAUCGACUCUGAAAAUCCCCGCAACCGAGAGACCGAAGUGGGAACGAGCGCUGACAUCCACAAUAUAUCUGGAAAUAUUGCUAAAGGAUGGAUCUGCAGGAGUGAGGACGUUGGAGGAUUGAGUGUAAUAAAAGCAGAUAAGGGGACCCCUUUGUUUGCUCGGUGGCUUUCUUAAAGACUGUCCAGAUCUGUGACAGGCACAGAAGUAUUGGCAGAAACCUGAGCACAAGCCUGCCAUGCAGAUCUCUUGUAAUGGUCCUUUGGAUCACCCUCUUCUUGCUGUCAUCAUGCUGUCACCACUGAACCAGCUCUCCAGCUCACAGGAAAUGUCAAGGGAUUAAUGUCAAGAGGCCCAAAUAGGUGACAGUGUCCUGAGCCAUGGGGGCCUUCUUGGACAAACCGAAGACAGAGAAACAUAAUGCUCACGGAGCGGGCAAUGGUCUACGCUUUGGCCUGAGCAGCAUGCAGGGCUGGAGAGUAGAGAUGGAGGAUGCACACACGGCCGUUGUUGGUCUACCACACGGCCUAGACGACUGGUCCUUCUUCGCAGUAUACGACGGUCACGCUGGUUCCCGUGUAGCCAACUAUUGCUCCAAACACCUGCUGGAGCACAUCAUAACCAGCAGUGAGGACUUCCGUUCAGGGCCCGACUCCGUGGAGGGUGUUAAAAGCGGCAUUCGUUCUGGCUUCCUAAAGAUCGACGAGUACAUGCGCAACUUCUCGGACCUACGUAAUGGCAUGGACCGUAGUGGCUCCACGGCAGUUGGCGUGCUGGUGUCUCCUGAACACCUCUAUUUCAUCAACUGCGGAGACUCCCGUGCCGUACUCAGCCGUGUCGGACAGGUACGAUUCUCCACGCAAGACCACAAGCCGUGCAACCCACGUGAAAAAGAGCGCAUUCAGAACGCAGGAGGUUCUGUGAUGAUCCAAAGGGUGAAUGGUUCACUUGCUGUGUCACGUGCCCUGGGGGACUAUGACUACAAGUGUGUGGAUGGGAAGGGCCCAACUGAGCAGUUGGUAUCUCCGGAACCGGAGGUGUUUGAAAUCCCGCGUGUUUCAGAAGAGGAUGAGUUUGUGGUGCUCGCCUGCGAUGGCAUCUGGGAUGUGAUGAGCAACGAGGAGCUGUGUGAUUUUGUGCGCUCUCGAUUAGAGGUGUUGGAUGACUUGGAGAAAGUCUGCAACUCUGUGGUGGACACCUGUUUACAUAAGGGAAGCCGUGACAACAUGAGUGUUGUUCUAGUAUGUUUCCCCAAUGCACCGAAGGUAUCAGAGGAGGCUGUUAAGAGAGAGGCCGAGUUGGACAAGUUCCUGGAGGCUCAUGUGGAAGAAAUUAUGGAGAAGUCAGGGGAGGAGGGCAUCCCAGAUCUAAGCCAUAUCAUGCACAACCUUCGUCCUGAGAGCAUCCCCAACCUGCCACCGGGUGGUGGUCUCGCUAGCAAACGUAGUGUAAUUGAGGCCGCUUACAACAGGCUAAACCCACACAGAGAAGAAGAUGGGGACAGCCAGGGAGGAGCAGUCGGCGGUGAGGAGGAUGAAGAGGGCAGCUCCGCUGCCGCCCACCUGCUGGAGGCACUACGACAGUUCCGGCUCAGUCACCGAGGCGAAUACCGCCAAGUGCUGGAGCAGGCGCUGUCCACUUACGCCACGACACGGACUGACCCCAAGGAGGAACCUCCCUCGCCCCCUCCGUCCCCGGCCACUGAACCCCUCAGCUCUGAGGAGGGACAGGACGAAGCAGCUACGUCACAGUCUUUGGACGAGCUCUCCGGCGCCCCCACUGCAUGACCCUGUUUAGUACCCACUAAACCCAGCCCUGCUAUCAAACCCUUUUCCCCAGACCAGAUCUCUUGCCUAGAUUGCUAGUUUGCUUUUGGCAGUCUUCCUCCUUAGAGCACUUCCAGUGCAGGUUUUUGGUUGUCUUUAUGGAUUUGUAAUAGCACUUUGGGUGGAUGUUUGUGUUUGUGAGCCCUGUAAACAGUAGAAGUCGCAUACAAAGGAAGUUUUGCGCAGAAUUCUUAUCACUAAAAACCUGCUCUGCAACUGCAAGUGAGUUUAACCUUGGCAUAUCCCAGCUCAGUCUGCAGUAAGCACUUUCCCAUAUCUCUGCACUUAGCCUAGUGUUUUUAAAAUGAGACAUGGAGGUGUAAUCUAAUGAAGUGUUGAAGAGAGAGUCCACCUAGACAUAAAAAUUGUCAUGUACUCGCCCUAAGUUCAUUCCAGUCAUAAUGGCUUUAUUCUAUAGCACACAAAGAUAUUUUGGAAGGUUUAUGCAUCUUUUUUAUGUGUUUUUGUCUUUUUUGUUUGUGUUUUUAGAGUUUGUUUAGUUUAGUUUUAUGUUGUUGUUUUUGUCUUUUUGUUGUGUUUUUAGUUUUUGUUUGGUUUAGUUUUUUUUUUUUUUCGUGUGUUUUUGUCUUAUAUUUUUAUUUAUUAUUUAGCUUUUUUUUCUUUUUUUUUUGUACAAAGUCGUUGUGCAAAGACUUUAAUUACAUAGGUGAAAAACAUUGUUCAAAAUAUCUUUUUUUGUGUUCUGCAAAAGUAAGUUAUACAGGUUUGGAAUGACAUGAAGGUAAAUAAUGAAUUUUUGGAGACCUGUCCCUUUAAGUAGAUUUGAACACUGUUACCCCUGAAUGAUUUUUUCAUCACCAUUUCACACCCAAAGAGUUUACCCAUGUAUUUAGUGAAACAUUUGAAAUAGCAAUGGUUUAUGUAGACAAUCUGGGCUGUGCCAAGAAUACACACAACUGUGCCAUGCGAUGCAUGUGUACUCCUUAUCCUGGGUUGUUUAGUGGCUGAUCAUAGUUAUACUGUAGUAAACAUCAGGUACAGCUUAGCUUCUAUUAUGCUCUUUAUGUAGUGUGUUUGUGUGUGUAUGUGAAUCAGCUGUUUGAAAUGUGAGAUGAUUAACUGAUCAAAAGCAAUUCUUUCACCAUUUAAAAGGGAACUCUAAUGUUGUGUAUGUGUGUAUUUUCCUCUCUCUCCAUAUCUUUCAUAUCGGUUUAUAAUUUGAGCUGACCUCUCGAAUAUGAUUGUCCUGUGUCUGCUCUUUUGAGUGUUCACAGUUAACUACUAUCCAGGUGUGUCCUUGAGGAAGAAGCACAAAAUGGAAAUGCACUGGCUUUAUAAGCGUGGACCGUAUGAGAUUACAGAAGCUUACACAAUCAUUUGUUCUUGCAAAAUUCUCCUUUCGGCGGUUUUGCUGAUGCAAUCAUCAAUACAGAAUGCUUUACCUUUAGAUGGACUUAAUGCAAUAUUCUACACAUUAAGCAACGCUGCUCAAUGAUCAUUCAUGAAUGUCUGUACACUGCAGUAUUUGCACAGGGCUUCUUAUCUUAUUCUUAUGACCCGAGUUUUUGGAAAGCAAGCUGAAUUCUGUCAAUGUGAAUUGUCAUAUCGCAAAAUAUCUGAUGUUCCAAACUGCUUUAGUUUUGUUUUCUUUGGAUGGUUUUAUCAAGCCAUUUAAACCUGAUUACUCUCUUUUUUUUUUUGAUUCGGAAGUUAAUGCAUAACACAAAACUGUAUAAUCCUCUUAAGAGUUAGCGUAAGUGCAUGCAUAAUGCCGCCAUUGUUAUAUUAAUCUAAUGUUAAUAAUAUACAGGCUCAGCAGAAUCAAAGCUUAAGUGUCCAUAGAGCAGCAUUUGCUGCCUUGGGUUUUGAUUUUAUUUUUUUAUUUUUUUCCUGGGCAAAGGUUUGUAUUCAUUUUGUUUCAUGCUGAAGUUCAAAAUAAAUCAAAUUCAACUAUUGA